AUGGCAUCAUCAUCUUUGCAACAAGAAAAAGGUAUUGAUGGUGAUGAUACUAAAAAUAUUGUGUUGAAAAAAGGAAAAUGGCAACCAGAAGAAGAUGCAUUAUUAAGAGAAUAUGUGAGAAAAUGUGGAGCUAAAAAGUGGGAUAAAGUACGAGAGAAAACAAAUCUUCCUAGAGAUGGAAAAAGUUGUCGUUUUAGAUGGUUAAAUUGUCUAAAACCAAGUUUGAAGAAAUAUCCAUUUAGUGAAGAAGAAGGGAGAAAACUUAUUCAUCUCUAUAAUCAGUUAGGACCCAAAUGGUCUCAAAUGGUUUCACAGUUUCCUGGAAGAACCGAUAACGAGUUAAAGAAUUUUAUUAAUUCAAGAAAAAGAAGUUUAAAAAAUUCUAGAAAGUUCCUCGUUCCAGAAAGCAUAAACCAUGUUGAUGAGGGAGAAAUAAUUAUUAAGAGGGGUUGUAGUAACCAAAAUAAUAAUGCCUCCGAAGAAAAAGAAAUGACCCUACCAAGAGUGAAAUUUGAUGAUAAAAUCAUUCUGUUUGAUAACUAUCUUGAUCAAAUUUUUGAUGAAGAAAAUAUAAACUUUGAACCACUUUCAAAGUUGUUUGAUGAUUCAAAUAUGAACUUUGAACCACUCCCAGAAUGUUCAUACUUUCAAGAUAUGGAAAACAUAGUCCCAUCAUUUUCCUACACUCCAAUUCCACAAUGUCCAUACAAUCUAUAUAUGGAUUAUCAAUUUGCAUCAGGGAUGUUUUCUGACCAAUAUCCUCAAAAUCCAAUUAUAUCAUCUGAGGAGACUCAAUAG